GCCACUGGCCCACCAUACUUCAGAACUCCCUUCAGAACUCAGGAGUUCGACACUUCGCUUCUCCACUUCGAAUACCUCUCACGUGUGCUAGGGCUCGUCUUCUUCCCUUCCUCUGUCUUGCCUUCACCCGUCCUUCACGCUUCCACCUUCAGAUUUGAGCCGUCGUUUGUUACAAAUAUCCUUGAAAAAUCUCAUCAUACAAUACUAUCUCUCUCAUAGCAUACAAUUUCAUUACCAGUAUCUUCAACCCACUCCCGGACAUUGGCACUCUUCUUGGCUCCAUCUCGCCUGAUGUCACCGUUGAAAUCCGAAACUCAUAUGAUGUCCUUCACAGCGAGUUCUCGGGCCAGAUUGCUUUGAAUAUCGAGUAUCAUCACAAUAUGUUAGUAUCCCACCAAAAAGUGAAUCUGAAAGAAGUCAUCGUUGAAUGGUAUUCAACUGAUCUUGGAGUUACCGGCGGUAAUGCACUGAUUCAUGAAUUUUAUUCCAGCAAAGUUCCCAACCUUGUUCAUUUGACUGUCGAUACAGGAUUCAGGAAUGGACAGGGCACGAUAAAAGCUUAUGUUUCUUUCAAUUUGCCACUUGGAGACCAGCAGCUUGCUGCACAAUUUCAGGAGAUUCCUCUGGAUCUUCGUAUGGUAGAAGCUGAACGAAUUGGAUUUGAUAUUCUAAAAACAACUGUGAUUUUGAGCUUGUCACCUGCUGAGUUGCUUCUUGGGAAGCCUCUCUAUAAGCAAACGGAGAAGUCGUUACUUGCUUAUUCUGGACCCUCUUUAGAUGUUCCUGUGGAGCAUGCCUCAGGAGAAUACUUCAAAGAUGGUGGUGCGUCGGAUAAAAGAUAUGCGUGGUAUGGAGCUUCAUCCAAAGGUGUAGCGGGAGUUUUCAGCACUAAGUAAGGUUUCAGGGUUGGAAACUUAUGGUACUUGUAUAUGCUUCUCAUCGGUGGGUUUACCCCAUAUAAGUGCACAUAUGAGUUUUCGAUGCUGAUCAAUGUUUUAGAAUGGAUGUCCCUAUUUUGCGCCUAACCUGUUCGAUAAAAUGCCUGAAAAACUCUUGCGGAUUGGAACUCAAUGAAUUAUGGGUUCUGGAAGUUGGGGUCUUGUAGAAUUCACAAAAACGCUGGGCUGGAUUAUGUGGAUCGAGGUGCAAUAGCAAGCAAUGGUGUAAAUGGUAGACUUGGGACUUGCACGGAUAGUGGCAUUUAUUCUUUGGGUAGUAGAAUUCAGUGGGAUUUUAACUUGAAUAAUUUCCAAGAUGGUGUUCUAUUUCCUGCCUUUAUCGUUGGACUUCUUGUAGCUUCUCCAAUAUUUGCAUCCUUAGCAAGGAGCCACAGUCCUUUUAGGCUCGUUGGAGUUGGGUCAUCAGUUUGGACAUUUGUUGUCGCUGGGUGUGGCAGUUCAUUUGAAAUUUGGUCCCUUGCAAUAUGUCGCAUGCUGGUUGGUGUUUGCAGCAUCUAUAAUCAUGCCUGGUGGUUUUGUUGGUACUUGAGGUGACCCACAUGAUCAUGAAGGCUCUACAGUUUUGAGGAGAAAUGCUGCUUUUAAAGUGUUCAUUAUUAUUGAUGCCAUAUCCUUGGUGUUAUUUAGUUUUUCUAUUGUUUUCCAUCUACUCAUUCCACUUUUGUUCAAAGUGUUAUGAAUCUGAUGAAACUCACUACGCUUUUCUCAGCUAGGUCUUCCAGUUUAUUUUGAUGGCAAUGGGAGCAAUAGUGCUGGCAUUUAUCACAGUUGCAUAUGUUGUGUUAGCGCAUUCCUUAGAUCUUGUCGUUACCACUUGUGUUAUUGGCUCAUGCUUCUUCCUCAUCGUCUCUUUUAUACGCGGAAUGUAUAAGGAGGAUCUAGGUUUAGUACAUCAAUGAAUGAGUUAUUCUAUUUUCAA